CUAAUUUUUUUGUCAUUCAAUUUAGGGUUUUGGGUUUUAAGUUUUCAACAAGCUAAAUAAAUAAAAUAAUAGGAAACUGGAGAAUCGGAAUUGAGACUCCGGAGUUGGCUUCGAAGGUCCUACUUCCGACGAAAUCAAGGGGAUUUGACUGCUAAUUCAUGGGUUACAUUCAGGAAGCUCGGGAAAAUCAUGUGAAGAAGAAAGUAGAGGAAGCUUUGCGCAGCAAAAUGAAGCAGAAAGCGUUGAAGGAGUGCGAUCGUUACGCUUCGAAAUAUGCUGAAUGCGCUUAUGGCAGAACGUUAUCUGUCGUUUUCAAGUGUCGUAAUCAAGCAAAAGAAUUGAACAAUUGUCUCCACUCAUACACUAAUGACUCCAUAUUGGACGAGAUGAAGCGGGAAUAUGCACUUCAACAGGAUGGGAAGCCUUGAGAAAGAGUAUAACACUACUCAGUGAAAACUGAAGAUUAAUGUUAUGUAUCAAUCUCAGGUGCACUUUCAGAUGAUUGUCACUGAAGUAUUGAUAUUAGUAAGACUUGAAUGAAAGUUGAGGCUUUUUUUAUUUUGUAAUCUGGACAAGCAAAAAAAUUCUGAUUUUUUGGCAUAAGAAUGACGUUUGAUCUCUUCAUGUAUAAAAUUCAGUGCUAUUCUUCUACGUCAAAAUCAUAAUCUUUACCCUUUUUGCUGA